AUGCUGGGGAGAAUAAGACAGUGGACAGUGAAGUUUCUGAGCUAUGCAGGAAGGUUACAACUGAUCAAAAGUGUUCUCAUUGCCAUACAGUCAUUCUGGUCUCAGAUUUUUCCUUUGCCAAAGAAAAUCAUCCAACAGGUUGAAGCCAUAUGCAGGAAAUUCUUGUGGACUGGAGAAACUAGCUCAAGCAGGAAGGCUUUAGUUGCAUGGAACAAGCUGUGCAAGCCUAAAACAAAGGGAGGACUGAAUAUCACAGACCUCAAUACAUGGAAUAGAGCAGCUCUUCUAAAACAUUUGUGGAACUUGGUAAAGAAGAAGGAUAAACUGUGGAUCAAAUGGGUACAUGCAUACUACUUAAAAGGAAGGGAGCCAUGGGAAGUUGAUAUAAAGAAAGCUUCUUGGAUCAUAAGGAAGAUAUUACAAGCUGGGAAAUACUUGAAUGAAGCAGGGUUGGACACAGGAAUGGUAAUGCAGAGUAAUUCAUUCUCCAUUAGAGGAAUGUAUAAACAAUUAAGAGGGGACUUCCUGAAGGAGAGUUUAUAUACAAAGGAUAGAUUGAGGAAAUGGGGAAUGCAAGUCAAUCCAGAAUGUGCACUGUGUGAGAAAGAGAUGGAGAGUCAUAAUCAUAUUUUCUUUACUUGCUCUUUUUCUGAAAAUGUGUGGAGCAGGAUACUUAAAUGGAUGAACAUCAAUCAUGAACCAAAAAGUUGGGAUGAGGAGAUCAAAUGGGCAACGGAACAGAUGAAAGGCAAUGGUACUAAAACUAUAUUGUAUAGACUAGGCAUGACUGGAGCAGUAUACCACUUAUGGCUGGAAAGAAACAGAAGAAUAUUUUAG